UUGAGUGCGCGUACGUCGCGUUCGCCUUUCAUCAAGACAUCAAAAUCACCAACAGACAAAACAAAAAUUAACCAACUUGGAGUUCAUUUUAAUUGUAUCAUAGUGCGCGCAUACAAAACUAGGAAAACUUUGAAGUGUAAACUAAAACUAAACGAAAACUUGGAAAUUCUAAAAUGAAAACGUGAUUUAAUUUCGUUGCAAAAUGCGCUGCACGAAAAACUGCAAGUGUAUCCUAUGCCUGGAGUUGCACGGCUGCGAGAAACGCUUCAAUGAAGCACCUCCAAUCAUCUCGAAUAAUUUUAUCCUGACCAGAUCUUCAGCAUUGGUGCGAAACGCGAUGCGUCCGAAGAAGUUCACUUUCUUUGGUGGAAGCGGCAGUGAUUUUGAUUUGACACGCAGCGCGGAAAAAGCAAAACGCGCCGAAAAAUUCUCAAUGAUAAAUUCUUCAGCUGAUAAUAUACAUCAAAUCGUCGAGAGUAAAAUCGAAGGGGAAUUAAUCACUGAAAGUUUACAUAAAAGUGUCAUCUACGUAAAUGAUUUACUAACGUGUGAUGAGAAUAAUAACGAUACGCAAAAUGUGGUUCUGAAUGAAAAAGUCGAUGAGGUGACGCAGCUGGACACCGUACAGGACAGCAAUGUAGUUAAUGUGGUAUUCAAGGACACGUUUGCAUACGCCUCACAAAUUUUGAACGAUUUGAACGUGCCGGAAGAUUGCAAUUCGGAUGUGGAGUCGGAUGAUUUUCCGCUUGGCAUCGAAGCGCAUUAUUUCAAUAAACAGCACACGAAUCGAGCGUGGUUAUUAACAAAUGGACGAAAUAAUGACCCCCCGUACAUUCCUGAAACUGGCCAGGAGCGUAUGGUAUCCCCAAAACGCAAGAUAGACCACUUCCCGCAGUUGUACGUGGCGAAUAACGUAAAGACGUCCACGUUCAGCGAGCACUCCGACAUUAAUAACGGUACUAACCUCAACCCGAAGCUACACCAUCGCAAUGGCGAUAAGUAUCCGGCAUCAACGACUCCCGUGAGCAUGGUCCCCGAACGUGACACGAACAAAACCUCCAACUCGUGUCCGCUGAAGUUGCCCUCGACGCAGAACGCGUAUCGGCAGCUGCAGAACGCCGCUGAUGAUGCGCAUCGCAUGGCAUCACGACCGCAUCAUCAUGCAAGCGUGCAAGAACUACGCAUUCAGCAACGUGGACAUCAUGGAAAUUCAUCCUCGGAUGAAAACAGAUCAUCAGGACAUGCGAGUAUGUCAGAUACAGGUAAUAGUUCCCCAAGAGCGCUGUCAAAUGUCCCUGAACGUCUUACCGGAAGCGGAAGUGUCGGAGUCAUUCAGAAACCUGUUCGUGCCCGGACAAAUUCCCAACAUCAACGGAGUAGACAUCGAGCUACACCAGCAAAAUUACAAGUGCCAUGGACAGGUGGCGGUGGCCUCGAAGACAUAAAACUCGCCCUGCAGCAGUUGACAAUGCGUUCGCACACCUCCACAAGUACUUAUUCAUCUGUCAGCGCAGGUUCUGAAAGUUCUGAGCCUGCCAUGCGCAGACUCAUGAGACAUUCAUCCCUGGAAACCAUUAAUACCAACAUAACCAAUGCUGAUGAAUUUGUUUGGGUGGAUUCACACAAUCGUCUGGUUGAAUUACAACACUUACCAUGGUCUAAUCAUUGCAUCCUGCGUGUUUUACAAACCGGAAGGUGUCGUGAGCACAUGAAUCGUGUCAGUGUUGAAACUAUACCACGAUUAUCGUACCUCCUGCAACGUGCGUUGGUGCGCAUCGGGAGGGAAACACAAAGAUUGUCUUCGAAUCUUGGAAUAUGCACAAAACAUGAUUUAAUGGCGUCGUUUCGUAUUGUGUUGUGUCCGCCAUUAGCAGAUUCCUGUAUUAAAGCUUGUCUGAGAGCGGCGGCCAUGUUGGCUAUGGCGGGUGACUGUACAUUGAGGCAGAGUAAGUCUAGUAGAGCAGGGUUGCAAUUACAUGUAGGGCGGUUUCAUCGAUGGAUGACAGAUGUGAAAUUAGCACGAUUUGUUCAUGAAUAUGCAGCGGUUUAUUUAUGCGCCGGAAUGGAAAAUCUCCUCGAAGAGAUUUUAUUGCAGUGUUUACCGAGUGAUUCCGAAGUGACUCUCACGGCAACCCUUCUGGAGCACGCAAUUGCCAAUAAUGGUGAUUUAUGGGGCCUGCUGCAACCGUACGCGCAUUUGAACGCCGGUCGGAUUGCAUCCGGAGCUUUAGCAUUACCUCGAUGGGUAUCCGUGUCCAGUCUGAGUUCGAGGGAUUCAGGGCGAGGAUCCGGCCCUCCGGAACCAUCAUUGAUGACGACUUGCGUUGGCUCGCUGCAGGAAUUGCAGGAAAUAAUUAGUCGCAUGCACCCGCGCAUCCCGCUGUGUGCACGUGCCGUGCGCGCCCUCUUUUACUUUAUGCGCUGUUCGCAAUUGGAGCACGGGGAGCAGCCAGGAAGUGCAAUUCAGGAGUUAUGUUACGAGCGCGCGUACGUUGUGUUGCCGCCGCUUGUGGAAUGGCUGCGCGUAGCUACCGCUCACGGCGAGCAUCGGUUUGCUGCGAUCCUCGACAAGGACGAUGUUAUGCAAGCGGCGCGUUUGCUUCUGCCCGGUGUUGAUUGUCCGGUGAGGCCUUUGGGGGAGGAAGCCAUGCGGAUCAAGCGUCAAACAGGUGGCGAUGAGGAUCAUGUUGAAGCCACAAGACAAAUACAAGUCGAAUUAGCUUUCCGUCUGAUGAUGACAGGUCGUCCGGAGUUAAUCCAGCAAGCAAUUCAAUUGCUCCCACCCGCAACAAAAUUAGACACACUGGAUCAGCAAGGCCACAGCGCCCUAAUGCUUGCAGCGCUCAACAAUGACGAUGUUGCACUAACAGCAUUGUUAGAUGCUGGCGCAGGUGUAGAUAUCGAAACACCCCCCAGCAGUGCCGCCCACCCGGCUGUAAACGGCGAGACGCAACACUGGACCGCACUCACCCACGCCGCCGCCAAAGGGCAUUGCAAAUGCGCUCGGAUUUUACUGGAACGCGGUGCGAAUGUAGAAGGGGGCGCGCAGCUCUCCGAGGAAAAGUGCACAUUAACCCCAUUGCAGGUAGCUUGCGGAAUGGGUAACAUCGAAAUGGUUCAAUUACUACUCGCGCAUGAUGCCCAUCCGUUUCUCUCCACGUUGAUCAAAGACUCGUUGUGUUAUUCCGCUGCAGCUCAACGGGGUUGUUACAGUGCGGUUUCGGUUGCUGCCGCGCAUGGACAACGAGGUUUACUGCAGAAAUUACUAGCGCAACCUGUUGCCUCCGCAAACAAAGAAGUCCUCUCAUUGGAAGAGAUGUUGGCCGAAGGCGCUGCGAGUACCCAUUCACACGAGGGUGGUAAUUCCGCGCCGCAAUUCAGUAAGAGUCAAGUGAAAACCCUGCAGGAAGCCAUGUACCACAGUGCGGAAAACAAUCACUUGGAUAUCACGGUUGAGAUCCGCUCGUUGGGUGUUCCUUGGACUUUACAUUGUUGGAUGCAUUCAUUGGGGGCGGCGCAUGAAGCACGCCUGGAUUGUGUCAUUGAUCAACUCCUGCAGGAUUUCUUGCAGGUUUGCCCGGAUGAUUACAGCUCGCAGCUGGUGCAGGAGUGUUUACCUCUGUUGUUCAAUAUUUUUCGCUAUAGUAAAAAAGAAGGGACCACACUGUUGUUGGCCGAUAUUUUCUCGACGUGUUUCGGCUGGGAAGCCAUCAAAGCCAUCAAGGAUUGCGUACUUACCGGAAACAGUGCGUCUCGCAUCGACCCCAAGUACGUGAAUAACCCCGAGCUCAGCGAUGUGACGUUCCGCGUUGAGGGGCGGUUGUUCUACGCGCAUAAGAUUGUUCUCGUCACCGCCAGUCCGCGCCUAAGGGCUAUGCUCAGCUCCAAGUUGUGUGAGGGUGGAUUACCUACCGUGCAGAUUAAUGAUAUUCGAUAUCAUAUUUUUCAGAUUGUAAUGCAAUUCCUCUAUCAAGGCGGCUGUCAAACACUGGAACCUGCGCCUGAGGAUAUUCUCGAAUUAAUGGCGGCUGCCAAUUUUUUCCAACUCGAUGGACUUUUGCGUUACUGCGAGUCACGGUGCGCUGCGAUCGUUUCCUUGGACAACGUCGUCUCGAUGUACAUCCACGCCAAAGUCUACAACGCUGUUCAACUGCUUGAAUACUGUCAAGGUUUUCUCUUACAGAAUAUGGUCGCGUUGCUCACUUAUGAUGACUCGGUGAAACGAUUGCUGUUUGCGAAAAAACUGCCGAAUCAUGACGUGCUCGCUGGGUUGCUCACCACGCUCCAGACUCGCAUUAAAAAUCGACGUCAGACGAAUAAAACUGUAUGCAACCCAACGCACAAAACAUAAUAUCUUAUUAUUUAUAUUAUUUCGUGAUUAUUUAUAACCAGACUAUGUAUUUGAAUACUUACCGUGGCAUUUCUUGUUUUCCUUUAAGUAUAAAACUCAAAAGGAAAACAUAAAAAAUGUAAAUUUUAAGUAGAUUUAGCGAAUAUUUAUAUUUAUGUAAAAAACAUGUUGGAACAUUAAUUAUACAUCAUCAUACAACGACACGACAUUGAAUGACGUCGUAAUUAAUUUAAAUAAACGAUUUGUUUAAUUACACCUGAA